AUGCGCGAGGUCUCGAAUCACAGCUUGCGCAGACAGUUGCCUCCCCCGCGAGUGAACCCAGCUGACCCUUCGCUUAUUCUAGGUCGCUCCCGCUGCUACCCCUUCUGGCAAGAGGUCCUUGGUUGCUACGUGGUGAACUCCGGCGAGGGUGAGAGCGGCAAGAAGAAGUGUGUGCCCGCUCUGGAAGAUUACCAUGAGUGUCUUCACCACCGGAAAGAGGCUCUCCGCACUAUGAAGAUGCAAGCUGCCUACCGGAAGGCCGAGGCCGCACACCCACGCGAGAACGCCCCCAAGGCUGAGCAAAUCCGCAGCCUGGGUCUACUUGGAAAGGAAGAGGAGGCAGCCAAUGUUCUGGCUCAGCGGUAA